AGACUCCUAGUCCUCACUGCUCCCCCUCAGCUUCUGUUGCUCUCUCUCUCUCUCUCUCUCUCUCUCUCUCUCUCUUUCUCUCUCUCUGCUCCUUCCAUUUGUUUCCCUGUGCUCCAAAAUCCACUCAUAUUCACGUGUAUCACCCACCACUCCAAACUGAAUUUGGCAUCUUGUUGCUUCAAUCUCCCACGUACUCGCAUCAAAGACCCCUUUUGGCGGAGGCAGAGAAAACCCAAUUCUUUUUUUUUUUUUUUUAAAGGAAAAAACUUUAUUUUGAGAGUGAGGAGAAAACCCAUUUAAGUAAAGGAGGGGAGGAAUCAAGGAGCCUCUUUGUUUCCAUCAAAUCAUUGCUUUCCUUAGUGCUUCUGAGAAGAAUCCAGCAAAUGUUGUAACAAAGAGGAGUGGCUUCUUUGUCCUUAAGUCUCCUCUUCAAGGCAGAGAUUGGAAAGGCCACUCCUUUGCUUUUAGUUUCCAUAUCAAAUAAGGCUACGAGAUGUCUACGGAGCUAUAGCAGGAAUCUAAGCUGUAUGAGGGGAGUUUUGGAACAAUGAGAGAUGAGAAUCCAAAGAAAAGCAAGCUCUCAUGGUCCAAAGUUAGGAAGUGGUUCAACAUCAAGAACAAAGCUCAUGAAUUUCAUGCAGAUGAUGUUGUUAGUAGAGCAGGGGAUGAGGAAUGGAGAAGCAGCUUCUCAGAGAGGGAGGCAUGCACAGUCAAGAAAAGCAAAACUGAGAGAUUAUUCAGGAGGAAUACGGACCGAGUUAGGCGAGGAAAGAUCGAUCUCGAUGCCGCAGAAGCCACAGUCUCUUUGGAGUACAGGAUAUUUGUUGCAACAUGGAAUGUGGGUGGGAAAUCCCCGCCGAGUCAUAUGAAUCUUGAGGAUUGGCUCCACACUUCACCUCCUGCAGAUGUAUAUGUUUUGGGUUUCCAGGAAAUUGUUCCUCUAAAUGCGGGGAACGUUCUUGGAUCCGAAGACAAUGGUCCGGCGAGGAAAUGGGUCGCUCUUGUAAGGAGAACACUAAACAAUCUCAUAGGCUCGAGUAGCAAUGGAAGCAAUCAAACUCCCUCUCCCGUUCCGAACCCAGUUGUAGAAAUGGAUGAUGAUUUCGAGGGCUCAUCAACGAGACAAAAGAACCCGUCUUUCUUCCACCGCCGGUCCUUUCAAUCUCUCAGUCAUAGUUUAGCGAUGGAUGGAGAUAUCAUGGCUCCGCAACCGAGACUCGAACGUCGGUAUAGUGUUUGCGACCGGGUCAUCUUUGGGAGCAGAGCGAGUGAUUUCGAUUCAAAUUUUAGAUGGGGUGUGUCUUCUGAUGAUGAUUAUAUUACUACGGAUUCUCCAAGUACAACCUUCUUCUCUCCAAUGUCCAAUGCUCAUAGUAGCACCUCGCUGGUGGACAGGGAUCGAUCGGCAAGACUCUCUAGAUACUGCCUGGUUGCAAGUAAGCAGAUGGUGGGCAUAUUUCUGAUGGUGUGGGUGCGGAGUGAAAUAAGAGAUGAUGUAAGGAAUCUGAAGGUCUCUUGUGUUGGUAGAGGGUUGAUGGGUUAUCUCGGAAACAAGGGUUCAAUUUCAAUUAGCCUGUCUUUGCACCAAACAAGCUUCUGCUUCGUCUGCAGCCAUUUGACCUCUGGCCAGAAGGAAGGCGAUGAACUUCGUAGAAACUCAGAUGUUAUGGAAAUUCUCAGAAAAACUAGAUUUCCACCGAUCCAAGGUUUAUGCGAAGAGAAGUCGCCCGAGAGUAUUCUUGAGCAUGAUCGAAUUAUAUGGCUUGGGGAUUUGAAUUACCGGAUAGCUCUUUCAUAUCGGUCUGCAAAGGCUCUGGUCGAAAUGCAUAAUUGGAAAGCAUUGCUGGAAAAAGAUCAGCUGAGGAUCGAGCAAAGAUGCGGACGUGUCUUUGAGGGCUGGAAUGAAGGAAGAAUAUAUUUCCCCCCCACAUACAAAUAUUCUAACAAUUCGGAUAGAUAUACUGGCGAUGACAUGAACAUAAAGGAGAAGCGUCGAACUCCUGCAUGGUGUGAUCGAAUUUUAUGGUAUGGAAGAGGUCUAAACCAGCUCUCGUAUGUUCGUGGAGAGUCGAGGUUUUCGGACCAUAGGCCAGUUUAUAGUGUGUUCAUAGCAGAGGUUGAAUCGAUCAACCAUAGCAGAAUCCAGAACAUGAGCUGCUCUACCUCGCAAGUUGAUAUUGCGGAGCUUUUCCCAUAUUCAAGUGGGUAUACAGAACUUGGCUUCUUUUGAUUCACCGAGUAAUUCCAGUCGAAUGAAGGAGUGUGCAUACUCACUCGACGAGAUUAAACGGAAUGCUAGGUACAUUGUCUCAACAAAGUCUCUUCGGCAAACGUCAUUAAGCGGAAAGUGACUCUACUUACAUCGCUAACUACACUGCUCUUAGGCUCAUUCUUCCCCCUAUUUUGAAGCCCCUGAGCUCCUCAAACAAACAGAAUGUGAUGCAUUUCACUACUAACGGACAGAGAAUCAGCUUUGAUCUUACAUUCUUUUUAACUAGUUAACAGAGUUUUGGCAAACCAUAGAUGGCAAAAUGCUCUCCUGAGAGAACUAUUCAUAUUGUAUUAUUUAAUUGGAUUGUAUAAUAUUUUUUGUAGCUUAGGCCGAAAAGAGAAAGGAUGUAACAACCAAUCAAGUAUAUGACUCUUUUGCUGUUUUUAAAGUUGGAAAAGGGUA